AUGCCAACCGAGAAACCAUACCCAAACGAUGAACACUUCGUGUUCAGAAAGGAGAAUACCACUCUCAUUCUAGACACGACCGAAAAAUUCGAAAUUGGGAAAAAUUUCAACUUCUCCACGACGACCUGUCUUGUCUAUGCGGAGACCGUGGAAAUCACCACAGACCUUUCACUCCCCGGCAAGGAGAUUGGUCUGUUCUGCAACAAGAUCAUCGUUCCAGCGCCCGUCAAGCUGGAUGUUUCCGGCAAGGAUGGAGAAGUAGGAGAUCAAAAGAUAGAUGCAAAUGGUGGAGCUGGACAUGCGGGUAAGGAUGCCGGGAGUGUGUGGAGAUUUGUCCAAGACUUUCCCAAAAAUGACUUGAACAACCUUGAGAUCCAUGCUUGGGGUGGUGGUGGAGGACGGGGUGGUGAUACAAGUGCUUUGGAAAAGACUGGAGGACAGGGAGGGAACGGUGGUAAAGGAGGGUUGAUCGAGGUCCUCGUUGGGACUACAUCAGUCGAAGCGAUUCUCGCCCUUCGACAGGUUGAUAAGCAGCCUUGGCCAAUGAAAAUCGCAAGCCUAGUUGAGCCCGCAGUGCCAGAUGCCGUUGCUGGCUUUUUCACGACGCAGCAGAGGGAGACCCUGGUCCUUUAUCAAUCCCUGGCGCUCACAUUACGCAAUUUGGACCAAGUCCUCCACGGUAAAGCUAAGGAGGAUCACUCAGAAAACGUCGAGGGCUCUGUUUCCCAGUUAUUGGGUCAGAUCAAGAAAAGUUUGAAGUCCGUGGCAGGCGCUCCGAACCUGACCCAGGCCAUUCUUGAAGAUUUGAAAAAUGCUGUAUCAGGCCUCAGCAAAGCUUCAGAUCCCGUCAACGGGCUUGAGGUCGAAAAAAAAAUGGCAGUCUUGUCGCCCACAGCAGAAUCCCAACUUCAUGGGGUGCUCGACAAUAUAUGGGAUUCAGUGAAAGCAGAAAAGCGAUCUAUCCAGAACGCCCUGGAUCCCAAGUUGAAGAACAAUAGAGGUGGAACGAGUGGAAUGGGAGGACACAGUGGGCCCGGUCUCCAGUCCGGUCCAAAGGGGGAAAAGGGGAUAGAAGGGGAGACGAAGCUGAAACUUUUGGAAUUGAACGGAUCCAAGGGAGACAUUGAAGUUUCCCAGGCAUAUGUUUUCCCCGAGCAAUGCCAGAUGCUCCUCAACAAGACCAACAGCCAGCUUUUCAGUCAGAAAUGGAAAUCUCGGUCCCCAGCAGUCAAGCAAUACGAGCGUUUGAUCAGACGAUUGAAUGUGGUCAAGACACUGGGAAAGUCUGGAGAAACCAAUGACUCUGGGUUUUGGACAGCCAUUUCUGGCUUUGAAAAGACCCUCAAAGUGACUCGGAAUUCAGUUGGUCAACUGAAAUCCAUGCAUGGACAGGCCCAAACCCGACUGAGUCGAUUGAUGUUGGGCCAAGACAUAAUUGGACAUGGUCAUAAUUGGGUUCCCCGGUUGUCCUUUGACCACUAUGCCCGAACUCUCAAGGACGAUUUAAAGGUGCUCAAAGCAGUUGAAGAGCUAGAGUCACGAUACAAAACAGCACUUAAAGAAGAGGCUGGCGCAGAAGAUGUCAUCGAUGACGGCAUCAAAAAGAUGAACGAUGCAGCCCAAGAGGCGCGGACCAAAGUUGCCCUACUCACAGGGAACAAUGGUCCACUCUCUCAAACAGCCGAAAAGAUCACUGCGCUUACAGCUGAAGUAAAAGAGAAGCGCCAAAACGUCAAGGAUGAGGUGAUGCGGCUUCAAUUGAUAUGCAACUUGGAUCUUCUCAAUGCGUUUUCUACAUUGACCUCCGUGAAAAAAGACCUGGACUCUCUGCAAAAGCUUUACGACUUGUACAAAGAAGCAAGUUCCCAUUUCAAAGACAAGGAUGGCGAGUUGGUCAAGAAGGAAUAUAUCAUAGAGCAAAUCACUGACUGUACCGGCGACCUGGAAUCACUGGAGAGUGCACUGAAAACCGCCAAGAACAAUACGGUUGAAAUGGACGACCCGAAAGCCCUGAAGGUGAUGGCGAAGGCAGCCGACAUUGACAAACUCAUGGAGAAAUUCACAACUGCUUUCCCAGAAAAGGUUCGGUCAAAAGUUAAAGGAGUCUUGGAUGCGUACAUCGCAACAGUACUGCUCCGAAACGAGGCGGUUGUGGAAUACAACUCCUUUAUCCAUCUGCUCUUCGAAGCACUCCAUAACGAGGAAGACGACUUCCAGCUCCAAGCCAUGCAACGGCUCAACUUUGCACGCCGGGCAGUGAAGUUCUGGGGUCUCAAAGAGGACAUUGAGAAAUCGCAGCCAGGUCCUCUUCAAACCGCCCAAAAGCUAGAACUUGAUCGGGCGAAUCUGGAAAAGGCCUUUGAAGAUACCCUCACUCGGUACGCAGGCAAUGUCCGCUCAAUAUGGCCGAGCGUGGACGAGCAACAGGGGUUGUUCUACGAUCUGUCCGAAUCCGAGCGAGUGACACUGACGACCGGCCACGAAAAGCCCGGUAGCUCAGAGAAGGUUUACAAGGUUUACAUUACCCUAGCCCCCGGUGUGAUGCCUUUUGGCAAAGGCCGGGCAGACGUUCGCGUGGAUGAAGUUCGGCUCUGGCUUGUCGGUGCAUCGGUGCAUCCGGAUGGACUCGGACGCCAGCGGGUUCUGGUCCAUAUGGAUCACAUGGGGCAAGAUGUGUUUGAGGAUGAGGACCGUCAUCGUUUCGAAUUCUCCCACGACAUGGUCAGCAUUCCCUUUGAAUACGAUGCGGCUCUCGUGAAAAGCGAGAAGGAUCUCACCUCCCGGGCAAAACUCAGCCGACAGAAUGCUUUGCGAGACUCCUGGACUGGAGGACGAUCCCGCGAGUCAAGUUCCAUUGCAGCUAUCGGGCCUUUUACUACCUGGCGUCUUGUGGUUCGAGAGUCUGAAAACCCUGGACUCGAUAUGAGCAAAGUGACGUCGGCUCAUUUGGAAUUCCGGGGAGCUAACAGGUCGUUCAAGUAUUCUUGA